AUGGCGACAAUCAGUAAAUUUGAUUCAAUAUAUCGGUCAAUACUAUUGUCGAAGUUCUUCACCAAAGGCUGGGGUCAUCCGGAGUUCAUGAAGAGGUCGGUUGUUGUGGUCACUGUCUGUAUGUCUUUGUCGGUCAGUGUAUGGCCGGUAAGGGUGUGUCGGUUCGGGUCUCUACAGGGCGUACACUCUAUGACAAUAUUAAUAUUCAAGUUUCGCAAAAUCAUAUCCAAUCGGCAGACGUGUCGUGAGUUGGUGUCCGCCGAUUACCCCAUAUAUAUCGACCGGCAAACGGACCACAACUCGACAUAUGAUGUAUUCGAGGGUCACUUCAUGUCACCGAUGGUCCAGUAUUUGCCCGAAUUGGUGCCGAAAGAGUCGCAAAUCGCCCGCUUUCAGCUCAUUCUGCCCAAGAAGUGGUCACACGAACGGCUCAAACCCGUGUGCCUUCAGUUGGCCGGCACUGGAGAUCAUUACUAUUGGCGCAGACGUACACUAAUGGCAAAACCAUUGCUUAAAGAGUACGGAAUCGCUUCAAUACUUCUGGAGAAUCCGUUUUACGGGUGCCGCAAACCGGCCGACCAGACCCGGUCUAGUCUGAAGAACGUGUCGGACAUCUUCAUAAUGGGCGGGUGUCUAAUACUGGAGUCGUUGGCGUUACUGCACUGGUGCGAGCGUAUGGGCUUUGGGCCCCUCUGUAUCACCGGUAUAUCGAUGGGCGGACACAACGCAUCCCUGGCCGGCACUAAUUGGCACAAACCCAUCGGUAUAGUCCCCUGUCUCUCGUGGACCACCGCCUCCUGCGCUUUCACUCAGGGCGUUAUGGUGGGCGGCAUUCCGUGGACACUACUCGAGGAGGAAUACCAGUCCUAUGGAGACGAACUGCUCAGCGAAUUACAGAAACUGAUUCAUUCGCCAGAAAUGGUGUCGAUCAAUAAGGGCCCGGCCUUCGACGCGGGCCGUCAUUUCGCCCGCACUUUCCCCACGAUUUGGGACUCAAUUCUUGAGUACGACUUCAGGAAUAUAUUCUCAUCGAAAUCCGCGGCCAACAGGAAGGGUGCGAAUGGCGGGAACCGUAUUGAGGCCAAAGUGGACACAAUGAACAGGACGUUGGACUUUAUGCGUGGAGUGAUGGAUGAGUGCACACAUUUGGCCAACUUCUCGGUGCCCGUCGACCCGGAACUGGCGCUCAUUGUGAACGCCACUCACGACGGAUAUGUGCCGCGACAGUGCGUACAACCCUUGACCGACAUAUGGCCCGGCGCUCGGGUCAAGUACGUGGACGGCGGCCACGUGUCGGCCAUACUGUUCAACGCUAACGUGUUUAGAAAAGCGAUCGCAGAAUCGCUGGAUAUGACGGCUCAGAAGUACUUCCGGACCGCACUCUUCAACAAUACCACAGAUAAUCACCGAAAGUCUUCGCAGAGUCUCUAAAUGUGGUGUUGUUUUUGGCAACGAUUUGUUGUUUUUUGUAUUUUCCGUAGAAAUUAAUUACAAAUUAAUUACGGGUUUUUGAAAUUGCUUUUUAGUUUCAAAUCAAUUGAUUGUAAUUUAAUUUUAAUUGCAGACAAAAAAACAGGCGAACAAAACAGAAACUAAUUAUAUAUUUUAGUUUUUUUGUAAUGAAAAUGUAAU